AUGACGGUUCUACACCGAUUGUUUCGAGCAUCUCGAGUAUGUCGCGGAUCUCUCUCUCACCCUAAAUCCAUAAUUCCGUCGAAUUCACGGGGAGGAGAGCUUCGUCGAUGUGUCCAUCACGGAACCUUCGAGCAGAGUAAUUCAAAAGUUAAUCAAGUCUUGAGAUCUUGCAGCACUUUCAACGAUUCUCCAUGCUUUUCCAUGUCUCCUGCAGUUUUGGGUGCUCUCUUCUUCAGCUUUGGAGCAAUAGGAGUAGCUUAUGCUGAUUCUGAAGAGGCAACUGAGAAGUCAUCUGUCCCCAUAGAUCCUCCACCAAACUAUGUAGACGUUGCCAAGAAAGAACGAGCUCGAAUCGAAGAACUAAUACAGAGUAAAGGAGCUCGAACUGGUGCUUACCCACGGUUCAAUGUUGCUGUCAGGGGCCAAAAGAUUACGUUGAAGUUUCAAGUUCCUUCUACUUGUGAAGUUGCGCAAUUAAUAGCAAACAUUGGAUCACAACUUGGUGUGAAAGUCUCAGAUCAAACUGGUGGUUCAGACAUGAUAUUGCGUUCUUGGGACAAUCCAGUGGCGUGGCAAAUAACACUUAGAAGUGUGGAAAACAAGAAGGAGCCAAAAGCAAGUGAGGAUGAUUCAGAUGAAGACUUGUGCAUUCUUAUCUUUGGUUCCUUAAUUACCUCUGAUAAAGUUGAAGUUGAGUUUAUAAAGAAGGGAAGCUUGACCACUGAAGAACUUGAGGCUUUUGUUUCAGCUUUGCAAGUAGCCGGAACAAAAGCUGGACAGAACAAAGGAGGUAGCGCGCGUGAAACAUCGACAGACAAAACCGUUUCUCAGCUUGAAUCAAUGGGAGUGAGAAUCUAUGGAGUUAACAAACCUAUUGGGGAUGAUUCUGUGGAUGAGAUAUCAUGGGACAAUAUUGCUGGAUAUGAUCAGCAAAAGCGAGAGAUUGAAGAUACAAUAUUGAUGGCGCUUCAUAGUCCUGAAGUGUAUGAUGAUAUAGUACGUGGCACACGGUCCAAAUUUGAAUCAAACCGACCCCGAGCUGUGCUGUUUGAGGGCCCACCAGGAACUGGGAAGACAUCUUGUGCGCGUGUUAUUGCUAAUCAAGCGGGCAUACCGUUGCUUUAUGUGCCGCUUGAAGCUGUAAUGUCGAAGUACUAUGGCGAAAGCGAGCGGCUUCUUGGAGCUGUGUUUUCACAAGCAAAUGAGCUCUCUGAUGGUGCCAUUAUAUUUCUUGAUGAGAUCGAUGCCUUUGCUAUAUCUCGUGAUAGUGAGAUGCAUGAAGCAACACGUAGAGUCUUAUCAGUACUACUAAGACAGAUUGAUGGAUUUGAGCAGGACAAGAAAGUGGUUGUGAUUGCUGCAACUAAUAGGAAACAAGAUCUUGAUCCCGCUUUGAUCAGCCGGUUCGAUUCUAUGAUCAUGUUUGGCUUACCGGACUUGCAAACCCGUCAAGAAAUCAUCGCUCAAUACGCAAAACAACUCUCAAAGCCUGAGCUAGUCCAGCUUGCUCAGGCCACAGAAGCAAUGUCAGGAAGGGAUAUUAGAGAUGUAUGUCAAGGAGCAGAACGAACAUGGGCUUCAAAGUUGAUUCGUCGAGCUAAAGCAAGUGGAGAAGAACAACAAAGAGUCACUCUUCCUCCGAUACAAGAGUACUUGGAAAGCGCUGAAUCAAGGCGCAAGGCUCUUCUUAGUGUUGUAGAGCAGAGGGAACAGAGUUUGGCUUCUCGUUCCAAGAAACCACUGCUAGAUUUUGAGUGA